AUGGACGACCUCAGUCCUUUGGAUUCAUCGCUCCCUAGUAAGCCGAUUCGCCCUGCCCAGCAUGGCAUGCUCGCUCUUCUGCCAGCGGAGCUGUUGAUCCAGACCUUCAAUCAUCUACUAGAUACCGGGGAUUCGGGAUGGGCUCUGGCACUGUCCUCUGUAGCAGUACGCAAUGCCGUCAUCGACAUCUUCUAUCGCCGAAAUGGCAAGGAAAUCUUCUUGAAGGGUCUUGAGACUGCCGAUGUAGGCAUUCUAAGGCGAUGCGAGAAGUUCGGUGUAGCAUCCACUAAAUACGUCUGGGAAGUUCCCCGUCAGAAAGAUGCAUCCAAGACCUUUUCGAGGUCAAUGCGUCCCCCGUAUCCUGGGUCCAUCUGGCGUGCAGGAGGUCAAAGAAGAGCCGCCUAUCACCGUCCCGUCGACCGCCUGUUGGAGAGCGCUUUUGCAGGAGAUGUUAUUGAACAGAAGCACUACGAUGCUCUAAGGUGGUUGGUAGAUAGGGGCCAUGACGCAAGCAGCAGCAACGAGCGUUUGCCUGGAAAGCACAUGGUCAGGUCCUUGCCAAGUCAGCUGCAAAAGGUGAGAGACAGAGAGUCGAUGCUCAUGAUUUCCAAAAUGAUUGGGCUCCUGAGCAGUCGCGGAUUCCCAACCCCAGCUACCAAGUUUGCACUAAACAAGCUCCCUGGGAAUGAGUUGGAUCCAAUCCCCAACUACCUCAUCUCCAGCGGUGACUAUCGUGGUAUGGCUUCAGAUCUUAACGAGACUCGAGGGGUUAAGCUCGGCACCAAGUAUCUCGAUCCCCCUGUGGCACUCGACGAGUAUGAAGGUAUACGCAAGCCCGAUCCCCCGUACCAGUUCCAAGGUGAAGGAAUUGACGCCUGGAACCCUACCGCUUGGUGGCAUACUUGCAGGAUGGAGGAUUUGCUGGGGAUGCUCCACGGUGACCGCUUCGGAUUUUGGGGUUGGGAGGAGUCAUACAUAGGAGAGGUAGACGACAUAUUCUCAGCCAAGGUAGCUCUUCUAACCUGGUACGAGGCCAUCACGGAAGAUGAGAGAGAGUUAUUAGAGGCAGUCAUCAAGGCUAUGAAAGAAAUCACCAUCUUGCGGAAGUUGAUGCCGCUCACCGGGCUCGCUCUUCAGAAGGCCUCGUGGGAGAAGCUGUGGACGUGUGUAACCCCUUUCUUUAAUAUGAGCUUCUUUAAUAUGAGCGGAACUGGGUUGGUCGAUCUCCAGUACGAGCAUAGGUGGGAGAACCACGAUAGAAAGAAGCUGCACCGGUUCGCCUUCAAAGGUUCACAGCCGUAUAACCCUUGGCGAGCGUGGUACACGCAAACGGAGCUGCAGAAGCGCCGGGAUGCAUGGGGACCAAUGUCUGCCGAGGCCUUUGAGGAGGCGUUAAAGAAGGAUGAGGAGUGGCAGCACAUGUGGAAGAUGUUUCGGUGGAGCAGAGGCUUUAAAGGCGAUGAAGAUUAUGACGGGAAGCCCCGGUGGUAUCGAGUAGGCAUGGACGAGUGGUUGAGUACCGUCGAGAGGGACUACCCCCCUGAGUCUGACCCUUCAUAUGACGACUACAAUUGGUCAGGGUUUUUCAGCCGGCGUGGCAAUAUGGCUAGAUGCCUUUAA